CCGCCCCUCAUGUGAUGGGCGUGGCUGAGGUAUCCAAACACAAAGGGCAGGACGAGAGGACACAAGAUGGGAGACAGCUUCCAUGAGCAGUUAAAAGUGGACAGCUGGUUCCUGAAAUCUGACCGUCGUCUGGACACGGAGCUGGUAGAUAAACUGAUUCUGCAGCUGAACCGAAUCUACCCUCAGAUCCUCACUGACAAGGAGGCCACCAGGUUCCGGGACCUGGACGUGCCCACCUGCGUGCGUCUGGCUGAGCUGCUGACGUACCUGCAGGAGAAAGGCGAGGAGGCAUGCAGAGAGUUCUACCGCGCUCUCCACCUGCACGUGGAGGAUGUGUAUUUCAGCCUGCCCACACGUCUCCGCCGCCACACAGACUCUGUGGAUCCAGUACCGAGUCCAGCCGUCAUCCCCACUGAUAGAUUUGUGUUGCAUAAUCAAGGACCGCUGUUCUUUCUGAGCUGUUUCUCUGCCGUUGCAGGAGCAGCCUUCUUAUAUUACUAUGGGGACUUUAAGACGGUGUCGGGCUCGAGCAGCGCUCUGGGUCUUGCUGCUCUGGGGAUCGGGAGGAAGAUCAGAGAAGUUCUCAUCUGGUACACAUAGGACUGACUGUUAACAGUGUUACCAUGGAAACCAUGGCAAUGCUGCAGAUACCCAGGUUUAAGUGCCUCGCAACAUCCGACGUCAGGGUUUAACGUAAAUCUGUACAUACUGGAGCUGUAAAUAAUGUAACAACUGCUGUUUAUAAAGCUUCUAUUUUUUCCUCGGGGAUGCUGGUGGGUCACACGGUGGAUGGGCGCUGGUUUAGUAUCCCAGCUCAUCUGAGAUGAGUUGAUAAGCGUGGAUGAGGAAUCGCACUCUCAGAAGUCUAAAUUGGCCUUGGCAGUUACAAGUACCUGCCAUUAGUGGCAUGUAUUACUGAUUAUGAUUAUUAUUAUUAUAUUAUUAUUUUAUUAUAUGGUCUUUAGGGUGGACUGUCUUGUAAUAGUACCUCCAGAACAGUGAUCACCAACUCGCCUGCUAAAAUCUCCAAAGUUUGAAUAUAAGCCCUUAUUAGGUUAAUGAGGUCUAAUCAUUGCUUUUACCAGAUGGACGUUUUUGGUGUUUCUGAGUUUGUGGUUGAACUUGCAGGGAACUGGUGACGGCUGACCUAGAAUAUAUUUAAAUGCUCCAUGAAUGCAGAUUUGCCUUACAAACCGCACACAUAUGAAAAUGUUUAAAACUACAGUCACUCCCUUAAUAAAAAAUAAGUGUGCAGAAGUUUGGGCGCCCCAGUCAAAUAACAUGCUUUUCUUGACUUUCUAAGUGAAAAUGAGUGAAAACAUCCUUUACAGAGACUCACCUCUGCACAUUUUAAUAUACAGUUACUCUUUAUUUACUGAAUUUACAUUUUGGAAAAAGAAAUAAACCUUGGAAAAA